AUGGCUCCAGACAAUGUUGAAAAUCCAAGUGCGCUAUCACGCAUUCCGCUGCAGCGAAUGACACAUCAGGUCCUUGUCAAGGACCAAAGAGAAGACUGGGCCGGUGUGACAAAUCGUAGAGAACGCAAGAAGUUGCAAAAUUUACUCAACCAGAGAGCUUACCGCAAAAGGAAUCCGUAUACCACAAGUACAGGCUCGGUUCCAUCAGGCGAGCAAGAGAGGACCAAGAUCUCAAGAGAGAAAGCCAAAAAGAAACGGAUUCUCUUGGGCCAUCUCGCCCAACAAGCACUGGCAAGUUACAUGAUGGGACAACCACAUUUGGAUCAUCUGCCUGGGCUCAUUCACCUCAAUUUCCUUCGCAGCUUGGCGAAUAAUGCAGAUGUACUUCAGCUCAGAGUUGACUGGCUUGACUGCAACGUCAUUUCGCCCUUUGGCUUCCUCGGUCCACCAAAACCUCCAUGUCCUCCACUUGUCCGAGAACGACGCCUUCCAGAAAACCUCGCACCAACUGCCCUUCAGCUCAAGAUGCCCCACCACCCAUGGAUCGACUUGUUCCCACUGCCUCAAAUGCGGGACAACUUCCUUGUAGCUACAACUGAGAAUCUCACUGAAGAAGAUGAGAUCCGAUUGUGGAACGACAUGAUUGAGCACAUGUCAGAUGAUGCAAACAACUCCACUGGUCUAAUCGUAUGGGGCGAAUCAUGGAACGUGCAGAAUUGGGAGCUCACUGAAACAUUCCUCCGUAAUUGGGGAUGGCUACUCCGAGAUUGUCCUCAAAUCUUGGAAUCAACAAACUAUUGGCGCAACCAUAGGGGCGAUGAUCUGUUGACUUUCGACAAGUAA